AUGUCGCCCACCCGCCGCAUCUUCUAUAAUAAACUGGCCAGAUCCCGCCAUGUAGCCGACGACAACGAGUCGGAGCGGCAGCCGCUCGUCCAGCCCUCGUCUAGCAGCUCGUCAACUCCUCGUGCCGCUUCCCUCCUACGUCAGCCUGCGUCGCCAUCCCCGUCGUCGCACAAUUCGCCGCUUCUCGCGCCCCGUCCAUCCCACGACUCCAACUACGACGUGCAGUACGGCGACAUCCAGCCUGAUUCACGACCCAACACGCCUGGACUGGGUGCCGUCAUGGAGAAAGUCAAGUCCUCGCGCGUCGCCCAUUAUGCGGGCAAGCUGGCCGUCGAGAGCGAGCCCGGUCUCACAAACACCCAGCUCAUGCUCACCAACCACGACUUGAAGCCCGUGGAGCCCGAACGCCGCCAGUGGAGGUCAUGGAAUUUCGUUGGUUUCUGGGUUGCCGACUCGUUCAACAUCAACACUUGGAUGAUUGCUUCCUCGACCAUCACCAAUGGCUGCUCGUGGUGGCAAGCAUGGAUCUGCGUCUGGAUAGGCUACGCCAUCGCCGCCUGCUUCAUCUGCUUGACCGGCCGCAUUGGCGCCAUGUAUCACAUCGGUUUCCCCGUGGUGAACAGGGCUUCGUUUGGAAUCUGGGGCUCGCUAUGGCCCGUCUUCAACCGUGCGGCCAUGGCUUGCGUCUGGUACGGCGUGCAGUCCUGGAUCGGCGGUCAGUGCGUGCAGUUGAUGAUCCGCUCCAUUUGGAACAACUGGAGAGAGGGCGUCGUUCCGAAUGGCAUCAAGAGCUCCGGCACCAGCACCGUCAUGUUCGUCAGCUUCUUCCUCUUCUGGCUCGGCUCCCUCCCGGCCAUCUGGUUCCCCGUGCACAAGAUCCGCCAUCUCUUCACCGUCAAGGCCUACGUGGUCCCGGUCGCCGGCCUGGCCUUCUUCAUCUGGUUCAUCGUCAAGGCCGGCGGCGUCGGCCCCAUCGUGCACCAGCCCGCCCAGCUCAAGGGCAGCGCCCUGGCCUGGGAGAUCGUCAAGGGCAUCAUGUCGUCCAUCGCCAACUUCGCCACCCUCAUCGUCAACGACCCCGACUUCUCGCGCUUCGCCAAGACCCCCAAGAGCGCCUUCUGGUCGCAGCUGAUCACCAUCCCCGUCGGCUUCGCCGUCACCUCCUUCAUCGGCAUCAUCGUCUCCUCGUCGGCCACCAUCAUCUACCCGGGCCAGGAGCCCAUCUGGAACCCGCUCGACCUGCUCACGCGCGUGCUCGAUGAGGAAAACACCUCGGCCAACCGCUUCGGCGUCUUCUGCAUCGCGGCGGCCUUCACGCUGGCCCAGCUCGGCACCAACAUCGCCGCCAACUCCGUGUCCGCCGGCACCGACAUGACGGCCCUCCUCCCGCGCUGGAUCAACAUCCGCCGCGGCGGCUACAUCUGCGCCGUCGUCGGCCUGUGCAUGUGCCCGUGGAACCUGCUGUCGUCGAGCAACAACUUCACCACCUACCUGUCGGCCUACUCGGUCUUCCUGUCGUCCAUCGCCGGCGUCAUGAUCAGCGACUACUACUGGGUCCGCCGCGGCUACCUCGACAUCCACCAGCUCUACUCGGGCCGCCGCUCCGGCGUCUACUUCUUCACCCUCGGCUUCCACUGGCGCGGCUACGCCGCAUACAUCGCCGGCAUCCUGAUCAACGUCGUCGGCUUCGCCGGUGCCAUCGGGAGGGAGGUGCCGAUCGGUGCGACGUACAUUUACAACGUCAACUUCUUCGCCGGCUUCCUCGUCAGCAGCAUCAUGUACUGGGGCCUGUGCCGCCUCUUCCCCAUCCCGGCUACCAGCGAUACUUGGAUGGAGGUCGGCGACGAGAUCACCGACGUGCGCCUGGCCUACGACGACCGCGCGAGCGACGCUUACGAUGAGGAGGUCGUGACGGGUGGCGCCAAGGGCGUGUCGUCGUCGAGUGGCGCAGAGCAAGAGUCGGCGAAGGAUGGGCUCAAGCUGUGA